AUGAGAUACACAACUCUAUUCCCAUCCGUUUUGGCGCUUUCGUCAUCAAUUUCAGCUUGGUCACUGACCUUUUACGACAGUGACGCUUGCGCUGGUGGCAGGACGUUCCAUUAUGGCGGGACGCCGGUUGGGCGAAAUCACAUCGGCAAGUGCUUUACUAUGCCAAGUAUUGAUGCAUCCUUUUCUACAUACGAUGCAAAGAGCGUGCAAAUCAAUAACGGGGGUUGUUCAUUCAACAUCUUCACCGAUCUCACUAGCUCCAGUUCACUUGGCGCAUGCACCUCCUCAGGCAAAGGCCAAAACUAUUUCCCGGUCCGUACCGAAGGAAUCUGUGUUCAGUAA